CCAAGCUACAGCAAGAAGAGAAAGAAAACUCUUCUUCUUCCUUCCUCCAUUGUUGAAGAGAGCUCAUCAAAGAAGAAUCACCCAAAAAGGAGCUAAAGUGCUAAAAGUGUGAAAUAAUUAAGGCACUUGUAAAGGGUAUUUCAAGUGAUUUCACAAAGUUGGAAAAGUCGCCGGAGUUGUCGCCGGAGUUGACCAAAAGACGCCGGAGUUUCACCGGAGUUCAACCAAGAAGGGUGGAACUUCAUAACACUAGUUCAAGGUUGAAGCUAGGGCUUGCUACUUGCACCUUCUCACGGGUGGUAUCAAAUCAGGAAGACGUGAAAUGGAGGGCAGGCGAAUGCGGACCAGGAACAAUCCGAGGGGGCAGGCGCCGGUAACAUCCCAAAGGGGAAGCCGGGCUGCAUCUCGGGGUUCAAGAGGAGGCCGUGGAGGCCGUGGAAGCCGUGGAGGUCAUCAAGCUCAAACUGUGAGUGAUGGCCAUGUAAGCUCGGUGUAUGAAACCAACACCGAAGACUACGACUCUACAUAUGUUCCGGAAACGGAGCACGAGGAGACCCCAUAUGAUGGGGGUGACACAUACACCGAUGAUGAUGAUGAAGAGAGUGAUGCCAAGUUCGCCCAAAUGGGCGAAUUGCUUGAGUGGUAUCAAAAAGAAAAGCUGAGGAGAGACCUUAGGCGCCAAGCAAGGCGUGGCUCUCGCGGUGGUUCGGGUCAAGGAAGCCGGGGAGCUUCAAGAGCCACUCCCGUGGCGCCACACGAUGGGCGUGAAGGAGGGUUUUGUGUGAGAAUCUCCAAGUACCUCAAGGAGGCUAGGGCCUUGGGGUGUAAGUCCUUUGACGGCACCGGUGACAUUACCGUUGCCGCCGAUUGGAUAAAGAAGGUGAAGGAUGCGGCAAAGGACAUGCAAAUUUCACCGGACGUGAAGUUGACUGUUGCUUCACGGCUGCUUGAGGGGAUAGCUUCCACGUGGUGGGAGAGUGUGGAAGGAAAAUACCAUGGGGAGGUCUCAUGGUUGAACUUUGAGCAGGAGUUUUAUGACCAAUACUACACUGACUAUGAGAAAAAUGUCAAGCGUAGGGAGUACACCAACCUCAAACAGAAGGAGGGUGUGUCUGUUAAACAACUGGAGCAAGAUUUUAGAACCUUGGCUAGGUUCUUACCGGAGUACGCG